AUGACGUUGGAUAUUCAGCAUUCUCAAGAGCAACCUGAUCCUAUUUCUAUGGCGGGCUCGGAUGCAAAGGUUAUUGACGCUCAUAACUACCGCUUUCGCUAUACAUUAGACAAAAUUUUCGAGAAAUUCACACAACUCGAAACUUUAAAUCUAUCCUACUGCGGAAUCACGAAGCUCCCGAUAUCACUAUUCGCUCUCAAUUCAUUAAAGCAGCUUGAUAUAUCACAUAACGUAAUCGAACAAAUCCCUUUUGAACUCGGUUCAAUGCAAAAUUUACAAGAACUUGAUGUAUCAAAUAAUCCUUUUGCGGUAACAUUAUCAAAAGAAUGUGAGCUUGAUUCAGGUCACCUCAUUCCCUUUCUUCGGAAACUUGUUCAAAAAAAUCCAAAACCUCAAGCACGUACUUUUGCACCAAUAAAGAACCCGCCCAAGAAAAACGGCUUUAUGUUGCUCUCUUAUAAUAUAUUAGCGCCAUACUGUGUACGCCCGGACAGAUUUCCAUUUUCCCCACCAAAAUACUUAAAUGCAGAUCAGCGGAUUGCAUUAAUUGAAGAGCAAAUAAUAGAAUUCCCUGUAUCCAUUGUUUGCCUUCAAGAAGUAGAAGGUUCUGUUUACAAAGAAAAAUUAGAGCCUUUUAUGCAUGAGCGCGGAUUUCAUUGUACGUAUUGUCAAAAAGGCAGAGCUGAGAAGCUCAACGAAGCCUUCAGGGAAAUGGUACAUGGCCAAGCAACUUUCGUGAGAAAUUCUCAUCUUACAGUCAUAAAAACAGAGUGCAUACAGUAUCGCAAUAUGCAACAAGCUCAACUACUACCAUCAUUUGCGGAGCUCAAAAAGCACGAUGAAACAGCAAUUAUUUCGAUCGUUCAACAUAAGUCGGCACCAAACUUAUUUAUCGCGAUUGUAAACAUUCAUUUAUACUGGGAACAAACUGGUAAUGAUGAUGUCAGAACCAGCCAAUUAUACUUAGCACUCGAAGCUGCAAAAAAUAUUGUCAAGCAGCAUUCAUCGAAUUACGAUAUCAUCAUUGCAGGUGAUUUUAAUUCUGAAUCACAGACUACGCCCCACAGAUGGCUAGUUCAAAAUGGAUUUUUCGACGUAUACGAUUCAUUCGGACUUUCACCACGUUUUACAAUAUAUGGAGCGUCGUUUCAUAAGACAAUUGAUUUCAUUUACAGCACUGUCAAUAAAAUACGGCCAAUUUCCAUUCUUCAGUCCUAUAAUGAAGAGGAAAUUCUUCAGCGAUAUGUUGCUUUCCCUCAUGACUACUUCCCUUCAGAUCACCUUCCUAUCGUUGCUUGUUUCGCAAUGCCAAAGAAGAAUCACACGACUUCUGAACUUUUUAAUACGAUCCAAAUUGAUAAGCCUGAGAAAACACCUUGUACUAUAGCAAUUGGUUCCGGAAAAAGCGCUAAAAUUGUGAUUACCAAGGAAAAAUCUACAGAUUGA